UAUGCUUCUCCUCCCAACUGAAUUUUCCUCCAAUACAUUCAAAAAAAGCCUCUUCAAAGCCGUCAUCACCUUGAACACAAGUCACUGUCUCUAAAGCAUCAUCUGGAUAGAGUUGUAGAAGACAUGCCUGCAAAGCAUUCUUUCUACAUUCUUCUGGUCCGUGGUGGCAAAUGCAUCUUAAUUAAUAAAGGUUCAGUGGCGGCAAAACAAAGUGAACUAUUGACUGUUCGUUUUCUUACUCUUCUAACAUGGUUUGUUCUGCUAGUUGCCAUCGUAACAACGUUUCUUUCGGAAUACACGCUAUUAAACCCAGAGAAUAAGAGUAAUCAUUAA